UGCGCGUGCGUGCAGCGGCGCGCACAGGGCCCGCGGGCGGCCGGAGAGGCUUAGAUCGCAGUGACGACGGCAGAAGAGGAGGCGCGGGCAGCGAUGGGGAGCGGCGGCGUGAUCCACUGUAGAUGUGCCAAGUGUUUCUGUUAUCCUACAAAGCGAAGAAUAAGAAGGAGGCCGCGAAACCUAACCAUCUUGAGUCUCCCGGAAGAUGUGCUUUUUCAUAUCCUGAAAUGGCUUUCUGUCGGAGACAUCCUUGCUGUUCGGGCUGUGCACUCCCAGCUGAAGUACCUGGUAGACAACCAUGCCAGUGUAUGGGCGUGUGCCAACUUCCAGGAGCUGUGGCCUUCUCCAAGGAACCUGAAGCUCUUUGAAAGGGCUGCUGAAAAGGGAAAUUUUGAAGCUGCUGUGAAGCUGGGCAUCGCCUACCUCUACAAUGAAGGCUUGUCGGUAUCUGAUGAAGCCCGUGCAGAAGUGAAUGGCCUGAAGGCCUCUCGCUUCUUCAGUCUCGCCGAGCGACUGAAUGUCAAUGCUGCCCCUUUCAUCUGGCUCUUCAUCCGCCCGCCAUGGUCGGUGUCCGGAAGCUGCUGUAAGGCCGUGGUUCAUGAGAGCCUCAGAGCGGAGUGCCAGCUGCAAAGAACUCACAGAGCAUCCAUACUGCACUGCUUGGGGAGAGUUAUGAGUCUCUUUGAGGAUGAAGAAAAAAAGAAGCAGGCCCAUGACCUGUUUGAAGAAUCUGCUAAUCAGGGAUGUUUGACCAGCUCGUACCUCCUCUGGGAAAGUGACAGAAAGACAGAUAUGUCUGAUCCUGGACGAUGCCUCUACAACUUCCGGAAACUCAGGGACUAUGCUGCCAAAGGCUGCUGGGAAGCACAGGUGUCUUUAGCCAAAGCCUGUGCAAAUGGAAACCAACUUGGAUUAGAAGUGAAAGCUUCCAACGAGAUAGUCUGCCAGCUGUUUCAGGCCUCCCCUGCUGCCAAUAAGCAGGAGGUCUUUUCCAUGCAGAAGGGACUCAACGACACAAUGAGGUACAUUCUAAUAGACUGGCUGGUAGAAGUCGCCACCAUGAAGGACUUCACGAGUCUGUGCCUUCACCUGACUGUGGAAUGUGUGGACCGGUACCUACGGAGGAGGCUAGUGCCCCGGUACAGGCUCCAGCUGCUAGGCAUCGCCUGCAUGGUCAUCUGCACCCGGUUCAUCAGCAAGGAAAUCCUGACAAUCCGGGAGGCUGUGUGGCUCACAGACAACACGUACAAGUACGAGGACCUGGUGAGGAUGAUGGGAGAGAUCAUCUCCGCCCUGGAAGGGAAGAUUCGAGUCCCCACCGUGGUCGAUUACAAGGACAUCCUGCUGACGCUGGUUCCUGUGGCACCAAGAACCCAGCAUCUGUGCAGCUUCCUCUGCGAGCUCUCCCUGCUGCACACCAGCCUGGCUGCCUAUUCCCCAGCCCACCAGGCUGCAGCUGCCUUGCUCCUGGCAAGACUGAUGCACGGGCAGACACAGCCCUGGACCACUCGACUAUGGGACCUUACUGGGUUCUCCUGUGAAGACCUCAUACCCUGUGUCUUGAGCCUUCAUCAAAAGUGCUGCAAAGUCCAGAUGAGCAGGAGCCUCACUAUGCUGCCAGCCUUGCCUGUGGGACUCAGGGAAGGCACUGGGUGGCUGUGUUGUCCCUGUUAUGCCACACUGGGGCAGGUCAGGCAGGUACCAAGGACCAGGCAGGGCCUCCCAGCACUGCCACCUGUGACUGGGUUCCUGGCAUCCCCACCUCAUAGGAAACGAGAAAACAGCCUCCAGGAGGACAGGGGCAGCUUUGUCACCACACCCACCGCAGAGCUGUCCAGCCAGGAGGAGACACUACUGGGCAGCUUCCUGGACUGGAGUCUGGACUACUGUUCUGGCUAUGAGGGCGACCAGGAGAGCGAGGGCGAGAAGGAGGGCGAUGUGACAGCUCCCAGUGGUGUCCUUGAUGUCUCCGUCGUGUACAUGAAUCCAGGACAGCACUGCUGCCAGGAAUCAAGCGACGAGGAGGCCUACCUGGAGGAUGAAGGAUGCCAGGACCUACACGCCUUGGCACCAAACACCCAAACACCUUUGGCCCCAGGGCCUGAGCCCCAUCUCUGCGGCAGCAGGGAGCUGGGCAAGGACAUUACAACCUCAGGGUACUCCUCCGUCAGCGCGAGUCCCACAAACUCCGUGGACGGCGGCCCUCCCCAAUCUACCUCAGCACUGUCCCCAGGCAGUGACUCAAACACACAGCCUUGCCACCAUCAUACCAGGAAGUCAUGUUUACAGUGUCGUCCCCCAAGUUCUCUGGAGAGCAGCGUUCCCCAGCAACAGGUGAAGAGGAAAAACCUAUCUGCCCCCAGCAAAGAGGAGGAGAACACAAACUUGGGCUUCCUAGAGCUGUGAGUGUGUCAGAGUGUUUGCCACAUUGAAUGUUUGCUUAGAGAGGGCUGCUGCUGCAUGGGGAAGAGAGAACUUGGGGCACUAAGUGUCUUUCACAGAAGAGUCCCAUUCAAGCCAUAAGAAUGUCUAAAUCAGAACAAAAACUCAGAUCCUUCUCUUUGAAAAGUUUAGCCUCAAAGCAAUUGUACCGUGUGAAGCUUAUUUCUUUGUCCCCUCCUGUCUGUCCGUCCUUUCUGGGAAGCUUGAGCCCAUGUCUUGAAAAUCCCAUCCCCAUUCAAAUCCAUCCCAAAAGCCAACAAUUUUUAUUGUUGAGAACACAUGUGAGCCAGGUAGACUGGCACAACUCGCCCCUCCCUGCAUCUAUCUAGUUCAGGGUUCUAGGGAGCUAAGAGCACUGAGCACACCACCAUGCCCACCUUGGCCUGCCUGGGGCAUCCACUCCUUUACAGGGCAGAGGGUCCCAUGGCGAGGGGGCCCUGCCCUGGGCAUUGUUAUGGACUGCUUGUAGCCGCCAGGCUUGAGGGUCCUGACUUUUUGCAGGCCAGGGCCUCAAUGUUUUAGUCAUAGGUUCCCUCCCUCCCACACUCCCAGCUCAUUUUAGAAAUGUGUUCCUCCUCCCAAAAUGAUUUUUCUGUGUCCCCAACAGAUGCUGUCUGUUUGAACAUCUCUCUUUGCACUGAAUUUCUGGGCCAUUUCUUUUCCUGUAUUUUCAUCCUUCACUCUUCUAAGAUGAAAACAAAAAAAUUUAAAUAGAAGAUGUUAAAUUUUUAAAAACAAGAGAUUCUUAACAUUUAGAUUCAAACCUCUCAAAGCUAUCCUGACACUCUAUGCAAAAAGAAUUUAACUAGAGAGGUUAGCCAGAAAAAAAUGUCAUUUGUAACAUCUGAGGUGACCUAGAUACAGAAGAGCAAGAUGCAAAAGACCUGUCCCUGCCUGCUGGGUACGGGUGGGUUAGUGGGUCGGCUGUGAGUUCCUGAGAAUAAGUAGAAAGACUCACUCCCCACUCCCCGGGGGCAGUCUGAAGUAUCUGCCAAAGACUGACCCUGACCUUUCCCCAUUUGGGAUGAUCACUGACACUUGCCCUGUUGUGAUAGCUUGUUUCCUCUCGAAAUGUCAGAAAGAACCACUUGGCCAGAAGUGUCCCCAAAUGCUCUUGAAUCAAAACUAGGGACAUGGAGAUGCUAACUCAGUGGUGGCUUUUUUGGGUGCCUUGGUUUGUGUGUGUGUGUCUGUGUGUCUGUGUGUGUCCCAGUGGGAGCUGUCUUUGCUACUGUAAGAAUUCUGACCACCCCAGGCAGGGUGUGGUUGGGGUACGGGGACCCUGGCUUUGAGAUUGCAGACCUCUCUUUUCAACUCUGUGCCCCUGGGCAUGUGUGAGCCUCAGUUUCCUCAUCUGUAAGAUGGGGCAAUACCUACCUCACAGGGGUGUUGUGAGGAUUAAAUGUGAUAAGGAUAGCA